GUGAGCGAGAUCUCAUUCAUAAAAAAAGAGAAAGUUCAUUCAUACACGCUGCACAAUCCUGCUGCGCCUCAGAAAGAAAAGACAGAGGGGAGGAAAGUUGAUGUGAAGGUGAAGCUGGGAGCCUGGCAACUGACUGAGAAAGUGUGUGGGUCAGUAGGAUGGGGCUGUACUCUGCAUGACUAGAGUGGAGCAGACUGGACUCUAGACUUAACAGGACAUCCCAGAGUCCUACAGUGCGUUCUCCUUUGCUCUGUUUCCUGAUUAUGAGAGAGCAAACCUUAUCCAGGUUGAAAUCACAGACGGGACUCCUACCAGGUAUGCUGAAGCGUACUAAAUACAGUCGACUGCGCAACGAUUCUCCAACAUCUCUGGAGGAGAACCCCCAGGGAAUGUUGCCCCUGAAGCAGGACCUCUGCUUAGACUCUGAAUUCAGUCAGCUGGGACUUGGGAUUUCUACACACCACGGACCAUCCACCCUGAGGGAUUUCAUCCCCCGCAUGGCCAACAUCCGACUGCAAAGCCCUAUUUCCCGGCAAGGCCUAAAAGGACAGACAGACACAGCCAGAGGCAGAAGCAUCAGUGCCCCUACUGACAAACCCUUGUCCAGAACAGAGUGGGGUUCAGGAAGUAAUGAGAGAUUUUGCACUCACGCUUCCCUCAACGCUCCCCUAUCCACGGGCCAAAAUCUAAUUCACCCUGCUUUGCUCUGCACAAAAAGACCUAUCACCCUACAACGGAUGGCAAGCCUUCCUUGGACCCCUGGAUAUCCUCCCUGCUCACAUCACAGAGGUGGUCUGUGCUGUGUGAAGAUUUCCUCUGCAAAAGGUGAUCGUACAGUGGUGGGGACAGGAAGCAGAGCAGUUCACCAUCACAUCAAGUACAUGGGUAGUGUGGAAGUGACCCAGUCCAUGAGAACCCUUGACUUUGAUACAAGAAUGCAAGUUACACGAGAGGCAAUCAGCAGACUUUGUGCGAGGACAUUGCUCAAAACAGCAGUGAAAACUAAAAGGCCUGUUUGCAAGGGACUGUCUUCUGUUCUGGGUCAGACAAACCUGCAGUUUUCUGGAAGAAGGAUCAUCCUCACUGUCUCCACCGACAGUAUGACUCUAAUCGCUGCCUCGUCCUUACAGAAGAUUGCCCACCACCCCAUGCAGACCAUUUCAUUUGCCUCCGGUGGAGAUUCAGACAUGGCAGAUUACAUUGCUUAUGUAGCUAAAGACCUUGCCAAUGACAGAGCCUGUCACAUCCUGGAGUGUCCCGAGGGUCAAGCCAAUGAGGUUAUCAACAGCAUCGGUCAGGCCUUUGAGACGCGCUUCCGCCACCUUCUCAGCCAGACACCAUCGGUCCUGUCCACCAGUUCCAGACCGGCACUGAGAAUCUGUCACAAAUGGUGCCCAGAAGAGUUAAUAAUAAACCAAAAGGCAAACCGGGAAGGAGAAUUCAGUGAACACCGUGACUAUUACAAUGUGAACCCAGGAGACCCAGGUGGAAUAAAAGACUUUCAGGUCACAGAAGAGGAGAGCAAAGAAGAUGCUAACAUUCACAGGGUCUGUUUCCCUCGGCCUGUUUCCCUUUAUGAGAACUGCUCCAUCACAGAUGAGACUCCAGCUCCACCUGCAGAUUUAGAGCAGUCUGAGAUCAAUACUGAACAACGCUCUCUGCUCACUGAGACGCGGGUCCAGAAGCUGAUCCAGGAAGAAGGAUGGUUCCACGGCAGGUUGGGAAGAGAGCAGGCGGAGUCGCUUCUCACCUGUAGCGGAGAUUUCCUGGUCAGAGAGAGCAGCUCUGCCGCUGGUCAGUAUGUACUCAGCGGUAUGGAGGGAGCUACUGUGCGACACCUACUGCUGGUUGAUCCACAUGGACAGGUGCGGACCCGUGAUCAGGUGUUUCUGAGCGUUGGCCACCUGGUGCGAUUCCACAUGGAGAAUCAGAUGCCCAUUGUUGCUGGAAGCAGCGAGCUGUGCCUGAAACAGCCGAUCCUGCAAACACACAAACAUUCACAGACUGCCAGAUGCAUGGUCUUGAAUUAGCAGUGGUUUUUGAGAUGAAACACAGAGAGGCCUAGCAACAACAAAAAGAAGAAGAAGAACUUUUAAACCUUUAAACACUUUCAGCUGCCUCAAGAGAAGAGCACCCCUGGACAUAAUUUCCAGUGAGCUGUGAUCAUUUUUCCAAACUGUUGGGACAAUUUUGCAUUAUUUGCCCAUUAUAUUAUUUACUGUGUGUUUUGUUUUUUGUUUGAGUAAACUCUCAAGUCACUGCUUGUGCCUGUAUUGAGAACAGCCUUUGGCCUGCAGAACAUCCUGUCUCGCUCUCAGGCAGUUUGCUAUUAUUUACUCAGUGUCUCAACACAGUCUCUGGUGUUGGCAGGAAAUAACCAGAAUGUUGGCAGGCUUUCCAAAUCCUUUUCUAUAUACUAUAUUUGUCUCGUGCUCAUUAGUUUUGAUUUUCUUUUGUUUUCGUUCCCACUUUCCAUGCUUAACUUGAGAAAAAUAACUUUUCAUCCCACUUGUUUGUUGCAUACUGAAUAUGAAACUGCAGUGGUCUUUGUAUCUAGAAGCCCCAUUUAGGUCCACAUUACAUGUGGUUAAACACAUCUUUGGGUCUUUUACACAAGUGAUUAAAUCGGAUUUUGUUGGUGAUUUAUUUGACGUUAAACCUCUAACCAGAAUAACAGAACUUUGUUUUGAAAUCGUGUUGCAGUCCAUCAAAGAGUUCCAGUCAAUUCACGCCACAACAAAAAGAUAUCAAACUAAUGGAAUUAGCUUCGAGUGACUAGGGAUUGUACCACAAAAUAAACAGUUCCUCACAACAUUGCCCACAUUAUUGUUCAAUUUAGAAAAGCUAAAAGCAUUCAGAUGUCAUUGUAUUCACGAUAACAUUUAACUGAAUAACUUGGUUGUAUUGAAAUUUUCUUUUUUUCCCCCAUUUACUACAAAAACCUUAGAUACCCUGCAUAAUUAUGAGUUGUUAUACACAUACAGUCACCAACCCCUUCGUCAUGCAUGUAGACAUUCCCAGGAUGACGAUGACGUUUAAAUUGAGGAUCAGAAUGGGAAAGAAAGAUGAUUUAAGUAACUUUGAAUGUGGUGUGGUUAUUUUUGUCAGAUGGGCUGAUCUUAUUAUUUCAGAAUAAUACGACCAGCUGACUCACCGAGAUUCUAGUGGAUUGGGAGAUUCACAUUGUGGAUAUGCAGCUGACAAAUCGUCACAUCCACAUGUACAUAUAGUGAUUUUGAAUCAUAUUGGCAUGCCAUCCUAUCAGGUCAAUAUGGAUCAAACUCCCUGAGGAAUCUUUCCAGCACCUUGUUGAAUCGGUUCCAUGAAGAAUUAAAGCAGUUCUGAAGGUAAAAGAAGAAGAAGAAAAGUUGAUGUUAUGGAUGAUUCAUCUUCUGUACUUCAUGGGCUGAGCUCACAUGGUGAAGCUUGAAAGCAAGAGCCAAUAAAAUGUAUUAUUAUUAUUUCGUAAACUCCAUGUUUAGGAUCAGCAUGGUAAUUGCAACUUUGUGCAACAAUUUUAAAGAUUCUGGCUGUUUUAUUGAACAUGAUUAGGUUUGGCCUUGGGAGUUUUACUCUGUUUCAUUAGUUUACUAAAUUUAAACACUACCAGCUUUUUGAUUGUGAUAGAUAAAAAAGAAACAUGGAGAAAAAAAAUUCCCUUGCAUUUCAAAUAAGUGGCCUCAAAUGAUUUGGACUAAAGUGGACAGAAUUGAGCCCAACUUUAAAGAAAACCCCAGAACAUCAGAUCCUAGUCAAAAGGUGUGAAUAUCAAACCAUUAAUCGCAUUAUCAAAAACACUGUAGCGUAUUUAUUUAACACAUUAUUACAUAUUCAGAGAAGAGCUUUGAAGGCCUUUCUAGAAGCCUGGAGAACUAUUCCUGAAGACUGGUUAAAGAAACGACAA